AUGAUUGAGGCUUGUCUUAAGUAUCGAGAUGCAUUUUCUCACUUGAGUAGGAUUGAUAAAUACUUUCUCAAUUGCCCUUUAGAGGAGGAAUGGGAAAGGGUGGAGAAGAUAGCAAGGGUUUUGGAACCAUUUUAUGAUAUCACCAAGCUUUUCUCUGGGAAAAACUACCCCAUAGCCAACUUGUAUUUCCAUUGUGUUUGGAAGAUUCAGUUGUGUAUUAUGGAACAAUUGGAAGAUGAUGAUGCGAUAAUUAGAGCAAUGGAAAAAGAAAUGAAAGAAAAGUUUGAUAAAUAUUGGGAGUAUUACAGUCAUGUGCUAUCAUUUGCUGUCAUUUUGGAUCUUGGAUACAAGUUGCAAUGUGUAGAAUUUUGUUAUAGCAAGUUGUAUAAGCAGGAAGCAAUAUCUAUGGCAGCGAAUCUUCGUGAUACAUUGUAUGGCAUCUUUGAGGAAUAUAAGAAUUCUACUAGUGAUAUCUACAAUAUGGUUGAAGUAGCAUCCAGUAGUGGUGGAGUGCAUGGUCAUUAUGUUAGGCAUGAUGAUUUCUCUGGUUUUGAGACAUAUAAGAGUCAACUUAUUGGUUCAGAUUCAAGCAAGUCACCAUUGGAUUUAUACUUGGAAGAGGCUCGAUUUGACCAUAAGUUGCACAAGGAUUUGAAUGUUAUGGGGUAUUGGAAGUCUCAUAGUAAUCGUUUCCUAGAAUUUUCCUUGAUGGCAUGUGAUAUUUUGAGCAUUCCCAUUACUACUGUUGCCUCGGAGUCUGCAUUCAGUAUUGGUGGCCGCAUCCUUGAUAAGUUUUCCAAUUCUCUUUUGCCACAAACUGCAGAAGCUUUGUUAUGUGCUCUUGUACAUGAUUUUGAGGAAGAAAGCCUUGUGGAGGAUUUUGGCAACUUGUGCCUAUCUCAAUUUAGUUCAUAUGUUGAUAAGGAUUAG